AUGCCCUCGCUGCGCGCUGCGAGUGCCUCGUCGGCCGGCGCACCGCGCGUCUCGUCCUCUUCCGAGGCCACCGCCUCGUCGGGCUCCACCUCAUCGCGCAGUCGCUGGGGCGCUCUCGGCGGCGCUCGCAGCAGCAGUGCCGCGCGCCCGGGCACCGCCAGCACCGUCGCGUCCUACUCCAGCGCCACGGGCGCCAGUGUCGACAGCGACGCCUCGGGCCUCACGGCCAAGCGCCUGCAGCAUCUCGAGCCCAACGUGCCUGCUGCUUCCGGCCGCAGACGCGCAGGCAGCGGCAGCGGCGGCAGCAGCAGCCAGCACAGCUCGGGCGGCGGCGGCAGCAGUGGGGCCGCUCGCAUCGGCAAGCCGUUCGAGACGCUCCUCGCCAGCGACGAGACGUGGGUGCUCUCCGAAACAGCCCACGUGGCGCGCGACGAGCAGGAUCUGCGCCGCGAGCUCGAGGCGCGCGGCGGCAAGAGUCUGGCCGACGAGGCGGUGCGGCCGGCAUCGCGAGGCAGCCGAGACUCGGGCGCCAGCACGCCGGCCAGACGCAUCGUCGCCGCCAUGCCCGUGCCGAGCCGGUCGCGCUGGGAGGAGCGCGAAGAGCUCGACGAUGCCUCGCCGCCCGCCUCGCCGCGCUUCUCCACCGCCUCGUCGUCUGUCGCAGGCGCCUACCGCCGAGCGGCGGCGGCAGCGGCUGCAGUGGCUGCCAGUGAGCCUGUGCCGAGGCUGAGCACCGACUCGACCGCCUCGUCCACCACAGACGCCACACCCACGCUGCAGUCGACGCCGCGCAUGAAGCAGGGCUCGUCCAGCUCGGGCGCCACGCUCAGCACGCCGGCGCCGCCUCGUCCGCCACGCGCCGUCGAGCGCAGCCCGAGCGCGAGCACGCGCAACAGCGUCGCCAGCGGCCGGCGCUACGCCACGCCUCCAGAAGGAGGUGCCAGUCCCGCAAGCUCGCAGUCUGAUCUGCCGAUCCACCCGCUCGGCGGCUCGCCGCGUACCUCCUCCUCACUGCGACGACAGCAGCAGCAGCAACAGCAGCAGCAGCAGCAGCAGCAGCAGCAGCAGCAGCAGCCAGCGACGCAGCCCCCGCCGUCUCCGACCACGCAGCGGCUUGCGCAAGCAGCGCGCAACCGCACGCAGACUGCCCGGCCGCCAGCGCCUCCACCGAAAGAGGAGGCUGUCACUGUGGGCAUAACGCAGUCUGCGAUCGAGCCGAGAGCCGCCUCGCCCGCGGUGCCUUUCCCGCGCUCGAGCAGCAAGAGCAGCGAUGCACAGCUCGAGAGCAAAACCUUUGCCGUGUCUCCAGCAAACGGCAGCGUCAGUCUGGCGCAGGAGGUGGCCAUGAACAGUCCCGACCCGAGCACCGACCGGUCAGCCAGCGGCACCUUCUUCAGCCAGCGCAUGAAGAAGACGAGCGGCUUUCUGCGCAAGCUCCGAGGCGGCGACGCGAGCAGCGGCAGCAGCAAGGACAGCAAGACGAGCAAGCUGGCGCCGCCCGCUGGUCAGAUACGCCGGCAAGCGAGUCAUAGCAGCUUCGUAUCGGAUGGCGGCCUGAGCGUGGCAGCGAGCACGCACAGUGUACCCGGCUCCAGCUCGCCAGCCAUGACGUCUGACCAGUUCAACCCGCGCGGCGCCGUCGAGGAGCCGGUGCCCGUCAUUCCGUCGCAGUGGGCCAAUCAGAAAGGGCCUAAGAGUCCGGCACGGCGGAAGGCAAAGGAGCAGGCGGUGGGCCUUGGUCUGCCGCCCAUGCCGGCGCCGAAGGACCCCGUGCGUGCCGGCUCGACACCUGUCGUGGGCACUGGACGGGCGACGCAAGACGGGCCACAGCGUUCUGCCACGUAUGGGCUUGCAGGCGCGGAAGACGCUGCGCCGGUCGCUCGCACGCCGGCGCAGACGCACGUGCGCAAGGCCGACUCAGCCGCCGGCGGCUCAAACUCCAGCGGCAGCGAGCUGCGGCAUACGAUUCGCGCGUGGGAGACGGAAAUGGACGAGACGCUUGGGCAAAGCGCUCAGGACCUCGAUGCCAAGACGCACAUCGCUGCGCCGCCGCCAUCGUGGACCCCCAGUCCGCGCCUGCCGAGUAUCGAAGGCUUGGGCCCGCAACGAGGCCGACAGCGCAGCUUCAUGGAGGAUGAGGAGGAAAGAAUGCGCUCCAGCGAGUCGUACGACACGCAAGACGCUGCAUCGCAGGACCCGACUACGCCGCGCAUGGACGGCAGUAUGCAGAUGCAGCAGCGCAUCGGCCUCGGCACGCAGCGUUCGUGGUCAGGCACCAUGCGCUCGCAGCCGGAGUCCUACACGCGCACUGCCCGCGAGCAGUCUCGCUCCGAUCUCCCCAUCGGCGGCAGCUCUCUGUCCGAGCCGCGCCCCAACUCCCUGCCGGGCAUGGCCGACGUCUCCCUCGACGCACUCGGCACCAGCGCAUACGAGCUCAGUCGCGACUCGAUGGCCUCGGCCGGUCACAACAGCGUAGGCCACCUCUCGCGCGCCGAGAGUGCUUCGGCCCGCAGUGACCGCACCUUUGAGACGGCCGUGGAUCCUGGCUCCAUGUUCUUGCGCCGCGCAGAGUCGCGUGCGUCAAGUGCCGCACUCACUGCGGCCACUGCGUCUGCGUCCACUUCGAUGCGCACCAUGCCAGAGCUGGCGCCAAUCACCGUGCGCAGGCCAUCGGCCGCCUCGGUGCUGGGCGUUGCGGACCAGGAGGAGGAGCUGGACGACUCGAUGGACCCCGAAAUGUCCAUUCGCCUCGUGCCCCGCCGCCCAAGCCUCGAGGAGCCGCCAACUCCGACCGACGCCGUGCCGUCUGGACCUGUGUCUCGCGUGUCUGGCCACGCGCGCGACGUCUCUGACCUUGGCCCGCUGCCGCUGCCGAACGCGACGAGACGCGGCAGUCGCGCCUCCGUCAGCAGUGCGCCGACGCGCACGGCCUCACCUGGCCUGCAGGCCGGCCGGCCCGGCCAGACCAGCAGCGAGCUUGGCAGCGACAUGGACGAUGCUGGCACGGAGGAGAAGGCCAAGGACCUUGCUGCUCGCUGCUGGGCCGAAGACGAGGGCACAGUCAAGAAGGAGAAGAUUGCAGAGUCUCUUGGCGGCCUGGGGCGAAUGCGGCAGCUGGCGCGCACGCACUACAUGGCCAACUUUGACUUUACCGGCCUGCGCAUCGACAGCGCCUUCCGCAAGCUGUGCGACAAGCUCUUUCUGCGCGCCGAGACGCAGCAAGUGGACCGCAUCCUGCAUGCGUUCAGCGAGCGCUUCUGGGCGUGCAACCCGACGUCGCUGUACAGCAGCGCCGACGUGGUGCACUCGCUCGUCUUCUCCCUCCUGCUGCUCAACACCGACCUGCACGUCGCGGACAUUGCAGACCGCAUGACGCGCAAUCAGUUCGUGCGCAACACGCUCUCGGCCAUCGUCGACCAGCACGGCGCGACUGCGCGGCCCAGCACCGCCGCAGAUGACUCGCAGAGCAGCUUCAGCGUGCGCCUCGACGGCGCCGAGACGAAGGACACUUCGUCGACUCUCGCGGCACCCUCAUCGUUGCGGCGCCGAGGAUCACGCGCUGGCAGCGUGGCGUCUUCGCACGGCGCGAGCACGCCGGGCGCCAGCACGACGAACCUCGUCAGCUCGCCCAUGAGCGCUGGGCCAUCCGGCAUGGCCCGCGACCGAGCCAUGCGCGCGACGAGCUCGAGCAGCGACGGCGCGGUCCGCCCGCAUUCGCGCGCGUGGGAGGUGGAGCUCGAGGGGCUGCUCAAAGAAAUCUACGCUGCGGUCAAGACCGACCAGAUCCGCCUGCCCGUCGGCGACGCGCCCGAGACGGUCAACGCGCUGCUGGCCGGCUCGCAGCGCCGCAUGCCCAAGAGCGGCAACACGCUCUCCGUCGGCUCGGACCGCGUCAAUGUGCUGAAGCGCGGCAGCAUCCGCGGCAUCCAGGGCCUGCUGGGCAGCGCUGGCACGAUGCGCAGCGACGAGAACCUCAGUCUGACGCCGAGCUCCAUCGGCUCGCGCUCGUACGGCGGCGACAGCUGGCUGGGCGGCCAGACGCCCUCCAGCUCGGCGCUCAGCUCGCCGUCGAGCCAGAUGGCGCCUCUGACGCUCGGCUUUGCCAACACCCUCUCCCACUCGAUCAUCAAGGAGACGCAAGACGAGAACGACGACAAUGCAAGCCUGCGCUCCGUGCCCGAGAUCGGCGACGAGGAGCUGGCGCUCAUGGGCUCGCCGUGGGCAAAGGAGGGCGUGCUGACGCGCAAGCACUACUGGGAGGGCCCGCAGAAGCGCGCGCGCGACAAGAACUGGACGCAGCUCUUCGUCGUCGUGCAGAAGGGCCAGCUGUCGAUGUUCCGCUUCGGCGACACGUCCUCGUCGUCGACGGUGGGCCGCAGCACUGCUGCCGUCGGCGGCGGCAACUGGCUCAGCAACGCCACGGCGCUCGGCAACAUCUCGCUGGCGCACACGCUGGCCAACGCGCUGCCGCCGCCGGGCUACAAUCGAGCGCGCCCGCACGUCUUUGCCCUCACGCUCGCCAACGGCGCCGUCUUCUUCUUCCAGGCCGGCCACGAGGAGCUGGUGCAGGAGUGGGUCUCGACGUGCAACUACUGGGCUGCGCGCUCGAGCCGCGAGCCCCUGGCUGGCGGCGUCAGCAACAUGGAGUACGGCUGGAACAAGGUCAUGCCUCGCAGCGUCUACGACGACGACGAUGAGGAGGAAGGCAUGACUGAGGAGCUCUCCGUCGACUCGCAGGCGGCCUCGGUGCGCUCGGCACCCGGCCCGCCCGACGCCAGCAUCUAUGCGCCGUCGAGCGCACGCAAGCUGAGCAUGGACACGCGCAGCAUCCGCAGCGGCCGCAGUGCACGCUCGAUGCGCAGCCGCACGCAGAACGCAUUCCGCGACUGGACCGACUCGCCGUCGCUGUCGACGCCCGGCGGCGGCACCGCAAGCAGCGCCAGCGUGUACAGCACGCCGACGUCGCGUGCCGGCGGCGCCUCGAGCGUGCUGAGCACCGGCGGCGGACAGGUGCACGCCAACGAGCGCAUGUACAUCAACGACUGGCGUGCGCCGAACCCGCCGACGACGGCGAGCACGCUCAAGGAGGAGGAGCAGCUCGAGGCCGUGGCGCGCCACAUCGUGCGCAUCGAGGCCGAGCUCGAGGAGCACAACACGCUGCGCCAGCCCAUGCUGCUGCUCUACUCGCCGCGCGGCUCGAAUCGCGUGCGUGCCGAGGCCAACUGGACGGCCAAGUCGAGCCAUCUCCUCGGCGAGCUGACCAAGUGGAACGUGUACGCCGAGUCUCUGCGCUCGGCGGCCAAAUUGCGCGCAGACAAGGCCGCAGAGCGAGAAGUCGAGCAGGCACUCGUGCGCGCUGACCGCGAGAUGUCGCACCUCGAGGGCUGGCUGCUAGCGUUGCUGCUGCUGCCCAUCCGUCUGCUGCUCGCGCCGCUGCGCCUCGCAGCGCGCCUCGUCUCCUCGACGCUGAGCCGCAGCGACAAGGCCGAGUCGUACACGCACUUCAGCCAUUUGGCGCUCAACGUGCUCCCGCCGCAGACACAGUGGCUCAACAUGGGCUGGUGGCUUCCCACGGCCGAGGGGCGUGAGCCUACCUUCCCCGAAGCAUGCGCAGCGCUCGCACGACACCUCUACGAGCGCGCGCUGCCCUCUCCUGCGCCCAAGGGCUUGCGCAUCCUCGACGUCGGCCACGGCGCCGGCGAGUCGCUGCGGCUCAUUGCUGCCGAGCUGAAGCCUGCCACGCUGCACGGCGUCACAUCUCUGCCUGCGCAUGCCCGCGUGGCAAGAGAGCGUUGCCCCAGCGCGACCGUCUUCUGCACCGACGCCACGGGCUUUCUGCGCUCCUCGGACGCGGACACGUACGAUGUCAUCUUCGCGCUCGACUGCGCCUAUCACUUUCCCAGCCGCGCAGAGUUCCUAGAGGCGGCUGCUGCGCGCCUCGCGCCCGGCGGCGUGCUGGCGCUGAUUGAUCUCUGCGCCGCCUCGCCGCUGCCCGAUGCGAGCACUUUGCAGCUCAACUUCAAGUACACGCCCUCUUCGCUGCCUCGUCCGCCGCCGAGCACGCUGCGCUCCUAUCUCAAGCUGCGCCGCACAUGCCUGCUGGCCGGCGUGCCCUUCGUCAACAUGGUCUCUGCGGCGAGCUAUGCCUCUGACCUAGCCGCUGCCGGUCUCACGCAGGCGCACAUCGAGGACAUCUCGCACGCCAUGUGGCCUGGCUUCUCGCGCUUUCUGCGCGGCAUCGGGCGCGGUCAAGAGUCGGCCUGGAGAGGCGGCAGCCACGCCAGCUGGUGGGGCCUGCGUGCCUUUGGCAGCGUCGUCGAGACGUGGGCCGAGGGAAAGGGCGUGCGCUGCAUCUGCGUCACGGCCACACGUCCGCCUGCGUGA